AUGGGAGACUUUGAUGUGAGACGCAUCCUAGUCGACCCGGGCAGCUCGACCGAUCUUUUACAAGCAUCGGUGAUUAGUCAUAGGGGAUGCGAUCUAUCCGGCCUUGAAAACCCUGGGCGAAUCUUGUCCGGAUUCAACGGAGCGGCGACUACCUCAUUGGGAGACAUUGUGCUGCCGAUCCAAGCAGGCUCAGUCACUUUCAACGUACAAUUUUUUGUGGUACAAGAUUUAUCACCCUUCAAUGUUAUCUUGGGGUGCACAUGGCUGCACUAUAUGAAAGCCAUCCCCUUUACGUACCAUCAAAUGGUAAGCUUUCUCACUGAAGAUGGACAAAUCGACCUAUACGACAGCCAGUUGGCCGCUCGCCAAUGCUAUUAG